GAAGUUAUCAUGAUGUGGGCUACCAAACUGCCACUCUUGCUCACCUUGGGUUUCCUUGCUCACCUUGGGUUUCCAGUGUGUCGCAAUAUUGUGUUGUGAUUGUGUGACCCAUGUCGAUCAAAAAAGUGACAGGCUUUCAGUGUCGGAAACAUAGCGCAAGCCGUCGUCUUCUACAAAAGGCGAAUUGAAAAAUCAAGACGUCUUCUACCAGGAUUCGAACAACAGCUACGUUCAAAGCGACAGAAAAGGCACAAAAUUAAUAUGUCGCAGUUAAAAAAGCGAGUUCAUCUUUUCAACUGUGAUAACACGUACAAGCUAGAGCCUGUUGAAAAAUUGCUUGACCAGUUCAGUAUCCAUGUUGAGCGUGUAGAGAAGCAUUCAUUCAGACUUGCUCAAAUGUCUGAAAACGUCGAAAAGAUUCCAACCUUAGAGAUGAAUAUGGCUUUUUUCGUGGUUCAUGCAUACGAGUCUCGACUCUCGAUCAACGAAGACAACUCUGGAAUUGGUUACGCCAAAAUAUACAGAGCUUUGCUACAAGCAACGGGAGGAGAUGUAAUCGUCGUUAUAGGGGGAGAUGACAACUACGAGGGAAACGGCGAAGAGAAUCGAGAGGUUAUUUCACGCUGGGCGAAAAGGAAAGUUUCGUCACAAUUCAGUGAAGAGUAUCUUGAUGGUAGAAAGGGCUUUAUCUUUUCCUGGAACAAACAACAUCGAGCGAUUCACGAACAAGCUCUGCUGCAUCACUUUGACCCAAACAAGAAAGGACAAAAGUUCGAAUAUCAGCAGCAAUCUCCAAACCAACAGACAAAACCAGAAAUCCAAUCUCCAGGCUUACAAAAUCCACAGAAAACCGACAAAAGUCUCCUACGUAACAAUGAAGCCACUUCUGAACUGACAGCGGUCGAAGUAAGGCAGGCUGAUUCACACCGUGAUGGCGACAGUUGUUCUGCGCGCAGCGGCAGAGACAGGGAGGGGAUAGAACCCUCUUUCAGUAAUGAGAGAGACGCACAAGGAGGGGGUCAAGAUUAUCUUCAACGGAAUUUAUCAGAGGAAAAAAGCACCCCAACUCAAAAUACCCAACAGCUGGUGCGGGCGUCACAAUUCUCAGUUAAAUCCCCUCCCAUUGUUUUGCUGAGAGGUUUCGCUCGUUAUGGAAAGGCACCUGAUCGGAUAGGUGACCUUCAAAUAUGGGACCCUGGGUUUAAAGUUCCUGAUGACAUUCAAGAGAGACUGCUUAAAAAACAUCGCAACACACCUUUGAUUGGAGUGAUAGUCAUGAAGCACAGCGAUGGCUCAAUUGAGUGUUGCACUGAUCCAAAUUUGAAAGAGCUUUCGUUGGAUGGGGAAGUACAGCUUGCUGCCGAUGAAAAACUGGUGUUCAAAACUCGUGUUUACAACGGAGUGGUGUCAUUUGAAGACGUUGCUGUACAGUUUAAGUAUGGGAACAAGUGUAUUCCGCAACACAUUAUUGAUGGGUUCAGAGCAAUAGAUAAUAAGCCUACUGGUGACCUGUACAUCAUUUCAAAUGACUCUGACAACUUUCGAUGUGUAGUUAUAGGUAAAAAUAAUUUUAAAAAAGUAAUUCGAACGGUAAAGGAAAAUUCUCUUUUUUCGAGGUGGAAAAAACCUUGAACUGUGCCUUCGAACGACAAACGACUAGAGGCGAUAUGCCGUAGGAAAUAACUCGAAGUGUAAGCUAUCGAUCUGAUUUAUUUGUAGUGAAAUUUAUAUUUUGAUUAGAUGUAAUAUGAUGUGACACUGACAAUGACGACAAUCUGUCAUUGAUACGUCAUGUAACGCUUUCUGUUGUAAUAUAGUAUUGGGAUAGCAUGACACAUGUCGAUCAGAAUGUCUACAGGCUUUCUCAGAAACAUUGCGUAGUCGUCUUCUUUUAUAGGUAAUUGUACUCUUUCAGCUACGAUCUUUCUCUUGAUGAUAGGAACAUUGAUAUCAACUUUUUGCGGUACUGAUCUCUUACAUAAAAUGAACAAGAAACGGA